AAAAAAAAAAAAAAAAAAAUCCUGACUCCCAAGUGUCCCAAUGCCAAAGCCCUGAACCCCCAUAUUAUCACAAGUCAUACACCCACAACGAGAUCAGUCGAUCUUGCUCCUGGGAAAAAGAAGGGCAAACGAAAGAUGAGGUCCAAAUCCGAAAGCCAAACCCUCUCCAACAGUACCAGCAACGCCGCCGCAGCAGCAAUGGAUUCAGCCUCGUCGGUUGACCCGAUCCACCACCUGCUCCGUCUCGUAGCCUUCAACAGCUUCCUCCUCCGCCCCCCAAAGCUCCGCCUGAAGCUCCCAACCCUAACACUCCCCUCCUCGAUGACCGUCUACGCCCUCGUCCUCCUCACCUACUUCCUCGUCGUCUCCGGCUUCGUCUACGACGUCAUCGUCGAGCCCCCCGGCAUCGGCUCCGUCCAAGACCCGGCCACAGGAUCCGUACGACCCGUCGUGUUCCUGCAGGGGCGAGUGAACGGCCAGUACAUCAUCGAGGGACUCUCGUCCGGGUUCAUGUUCAUCCUGGGUGGGCUGGGGAUCGUGCUCUUGGAUCUGGGUCUCGACCGCAACCGCGCCAGGAGCGUCAAGGUCUCCUACGCCUCCGCCGGCAUCUCCUCCGUCAUCAUUGCCUAUGUCAUGAGUAUGCUCUUUAUUCGUAUCAAGAUCCCCGCUUAUCUUAGCUAAAUCAUAGAUUGAUGCAUUUUUCAAUUGCGACUUUUGUUUUGUUUUGCUUUAUGGGAUUCUUCUAUUUUUUUUUUUUUUUUUUAUAAAGAAAAUGAAUUAUGGAUCUAUGGAGGUUAUUAUGUUUCUCAGUUAUUUUUGUGAGCUGGAGGCUUAAGCGCUUGUAUUGUAUGGGUGUAUGUGAGUUAGGUUAGGGAGCUUAAAAUAAAAGCUAAAACUAAUAGGAUUGGAAUAAUGUUGUAAUGUGCCUCUAUUUAAUUUAAUUUUAUCGUUUUAACAUUGUAUUUCGGUUA